AUGUCUGCUCCAACCUAUUCUGAGCUCUGCUCACACAAUGAAUCUGGCAUUGAAAGCUGUGCUGUUGAGUUCUUUACAAGACAGCAGUACAAGGAGAGUUACUUAUUUUUCUUCUUGAAGGUUGAGAAGAAAUUGGUGCUGAAAAUAAGUCCUGUGACCAGCGACACAGUAGUUCUUUCCCAUAAGGAGCACCUGCCAGUCACUCAGGUUGCGUUGAGAGACACAGGCCGACCACAUUCAGAAGCGGCUUAUGCGCUGGGGCCUCUGCUCUGCUCCGGGGACAAUUCAUUUUGGAAUUCCGCUUCCUUCAACACCGAGACCUCAUACCUUCACUUCCCUACGCUCCGUGGAGAGCUCAGUGCUGAUGUGUCUUUCUUUUUUAAGACGACAGUGCCUUCUGGGGUGUUUGUAGAGAACCUGGGGAUCACAGACUUCAUCAGGCUAGAGCUGCACACUCCUGCAGAAGUGAACUUUUCCUUUGAUGUGGGGAAUGGGCGAUGUGAGGUCACAGUGCAGUCUCCCACUCCCUUUAACGACAACCGGUGGCACCACGUGAGGGCCGAGAGGAAUGUAAAGGAGGCGACCCUUCAAGUGGACCAGCUCCCCAGCAAGACACAAGCUGCGCCCGCGGAUGGCCAUACCCGCCUGCAGCUCAACAGCCAGCUCUUUGUGGGCGGGACAGCCACCAGACAGAGAGGCUUCGUGGGGUGCAUUCGGUCACUGCGGUUGAAUGGGCUGGCUCUGGACCUGGAAGAAAGGGCCAGGAUGACACCAGGAGUGGACCCAGGCUGCCUGGGACACUGCAGCAGCUAUGGACACCUGUGUCGCAAUGGAGGGAGAUGUAGGGAGAGACCCAGGGGCAUUGCCUGUGACUGUGCCUUCUCUGCGUAUGACGGGCCAUUCUGCGAGAGUGAGAUUUCUGUGUAUUUUGGAAUUGGCUCGUCUGUUAUCUACGACUUUCAGGAACAUUCUAACUACACCACCAGCAAGAAUUCAAGCUCCUUUGCAACUUUACUUCAUGAGGGUUUGACGCUGGCUGGAGAAAUGGCCACACUGAGCUUCUGGACCACAGGGACACCCAGCUUACUCCUCUAUGUGAGCUCCUUCUACGAGGAGUACCUGUCUGUGAUCCUCACCCCCAAUGGAAGUUUGCAGAUCAGGUAUAAGCUGGACAGGCACCAAGAACCUGAUGUUUUUAACUUUGGUUUUAAAAACUUUGCUGAUGGGAAGCUUCACCAGGUGACAAUUCACAGAGAAGCAGCGGUGGUCUCUGUAGAGGUUAACCAGAAUGCAAGGAGACAAGUUGUCCUGUCGUCAGGGACAGAAUUCAAUGCUGUCAAGUCCCUUAUGUUGGGGAAAAUUUUAGAGCCCCCCGGCGCGGACCCGGACACGCUGCGGGCCGGCGCGCGCGGCUUCAUUGGCUGCCUGUCUGCCCUGCGCUUCGGCCCCGCCACUCCGCUCAAGGCUGCGCUGCGCCCCAGCGGCCCCGUCGCGGUCACCGUGCGCGGACACAUGGCCGCCGCCUCCCAGUGCGCAGAGUCCAAGGGGACCAGAGCCCCAGCGCGGGAGGCCAAACGCCCAAUCGCAAGUGGCACAGGUGGCUCUGGACCGACAGACCGGGGUGAGCCCUUAGUUAGCGCUGACAGAAGUGACCCUGCUGUCAUUGGAGGUGUGAUAGCGGUGGUGGUAUUUGUCUUGCUCUGUCUUACCGCCGUGGCCACACGCAUUUAUCAGCAGAGAUGGCUGUACCAAAAAAACGAGUCAACUGUUCCCCCAGCUGGAGACAGCGCUGAGACAGCUCUGAAGAGUGAGGUCAAUGUGAAAAGCUCAGUCAGUGAGAGCCAGAGAGAGUACUUCUUCUGAAGGGCAGCUGCACCUCACUUCAGGCUCUGGUAACGGGACUUUCUCACUAAGCGAGGGGACUCCCAGAAGAUGAAGCCGCCCGCGUCCCCAUCCCGCGGACAGGUGGCCAUCCUGCAGCACUGUCAGCUUGCUCAAAUGCAGUCCUGGGAGACUCUGCUCCGUGAUGCUUCAUGACCUGUGUGUGUAGAAGGACUCAGCAGUGCCCAUUAACCCCUGUGCGGUGGUGUCUGACUGUCUGGCCCGAUUGUUGAAAAUUCACACAUGGUUUGCAUAAUGAUUUUGUGUUUGAAGUGAGAAUAAGGAUGUGAGCUGUGGUCCUACUCUCUUAAAAAUGAGACCUGGAGGGGCGCCUGGGUGGCUCAGGGGGUUAAGCCUCUGCCUUCGGCUCAGGUCAUGAUCUCAGGGUCCUGGGAUGAAGCCCCACAUUGGGCUCUCUGCUCAGGGAGCCUGCUUCCCUCCCUCUCUGCCUGCCUCUCUGCCUACUUGUGAUCUGUCUGUCAAAUAAAUAAAUAAAAUCUUAAAAAAAAAAUGAGACCUGGAAGUUUAUAAAAGUCAAAGUUGGACCCUAGUGUUGUGUGUUGCAUGCAAAUCUGUAUUUUGCCUCCUCUAUCGAUCACCUGCAGAUGCUUCUAAAGCCGGGAAGUGCUUCUCCAACGUUCUGGGAGUGCGUUUCUAUCUCCAUUUGAACCAAAGCCCACGGGCCAAAAAUGCACUAACAACCUAGAAAAAAACAUUUUUUUUUGGCUGAUUGUUUUUAUGAUCUGUCUCUUUAAAGUCACUUUGCAUACAUUUUUAGUGAUGAAAUGAAUAUUGAAUGCCAGCUAUGAAAUUGUAGUAUUUUAUUCAUUUACGGAGCAGAAAAAUUCAUAGGUAGCAAAGCACGUAAAGCAUCCUAGUCUGCGCUACUUUGCUUUUUUUCUUUGUAAUUCGUCAUUUUAAUCUUUGUAAAUUAUGAUAAAGAUCAGCUGAUGAUCUCCCCAACAUGUAUAUUUUCUAACUGAAAUAGUGCCCAAGUAUAAACUGGCCUGAACACUGCAAAUGUAUCCUUCCUCCCUUUCAUCAGAAUGAACUUAAUCCUUUUUUUAAAAGAUUUUAUUUAUUUAUUUUACAGAGAGAGAGAGAGAGAGAGAGAGAGAGAAUCACAAGUAGGCAGAGAGGCAGGCAGAGAGAGAGGGGGAAGCAGGCUUCUCGCUGAGCAAAGAGCCCAAUACGGGGCUCGAUCCCAGGACCCUGAGAUCAUGACCUGAGCUGAAGGCAGAGGCUUAACCCACUGAGCCACGCAGGCACCCUUGAACUUAAUCCUAAAUUUGUUUCUUUCAAAUGUGGGGUGCUAUGGUCACAAUUCUUUGCAGUCUUGUGGUUCUCUUGUUCUGAAGGUAGUCACAACAACUGGAUAUCUUGCAACUGUCUUUUCAUUUACUUGGGAAAAGUCCCGUUUUGAACAAAAGCUCUCCAUUUCUUUUUUCUAAAUUCUGAGUGAUCUAGGCCAACCAUUCUCUGAAAUACCAUCUCAGUCUAGUCACUGUUUGGAAUGUCAGGGGAAGGGUGCUGAUGCCAGGGAAAAUGCAGGUUGUAGGAUAUGGACCCAAUCUGUCAUGCUGGUCAAGAAUCUAGGAUCUCGGAGUCAGAGUCAUCCACCAGAGUGCCCAGAAUCAACCAGUUCAUUUCAUAUUCAAGGAUAUUUGCAUACUUGGGCGUAAAGAAUUUGUAUUAACCACAGGAAUUUUUCCAGUAAUGACUUUUGUGGUAGCGGUUGGAGGAUAAUUGUAUGGAGCUGACCAUUUGCACUCACUAGCCAUUUCUAAGUGAAAUGUCUUGAUAAGCCACUUGCCACAUGCCUGCCAGGAAUCAUGUUGCUUCCUUUGACCACAGCAGCACCACCCAGAACUCCAUACACUGAGCCUUGCAAUGACCUUUGAGUGUAUGCCUAUUUUUCUGUGAUUUUUUUAAACAAUAGAAAAAGAUGCCCUCUGUACUAAGCCUUUUCUCCAAACAAAACAAAACAAAACAUAGUUUUCAAUGAGGUUUAAUAAGUCACCAUAAUAUAUUAUCUCAUAGUUUCUGUGGAUCAGGAGCUGGGCACGGGUUUACUGUGUUUUCUGCAAGUCUGCUUUGAGGCAUCAGCCAGGACUGUGUCCUCAUCCAGAGACUCAGCUGGGGAAGUCCUUGGUCUUACAGUUAUGGGCAGCAUUCCAUUCCUUACUGCUGGGAGAUUCCUGGAAGCCUGUUUCUGCUCGAGACCAGCAAGACAGAGAGGGAAAGAGAGAGACAGAGACUCUAGAGCAAGUCUGCUAACAAGAUGGAAUUUUAAAUACUGUAACAUGAUGAUGGGAGUGAAGGCUCAUCCCCACUGCCAAAUUCAGUUGGUGAGAAGCAAGUCCUAGGUCCUGCCCACACUGAAGAGGAGGGAAUCACAGAAGGACUCGAACCAGCAGGCUGAGAUCAUGGGAGUCAGGUGAAAGUUAAUCUACCACAGUACUAUAUUGAAGUUUCUUUAAGUGAAGAAUGAAGGAUUUUCAGGAUCUGAAUAGAGUAAUAUAUGAAGAACCUACUUUGGUAAAUGAUAUAUACUCCCCCUGCCCCAAAAGUGGAGAAGGAUUCAGCACAAAAAUGAUAGGUUCUAGUUAAUGCACAGCUGACUGUUAACACUCUGAAAUCACGACAACUUUAACAAAUGAUCACAAUAAGUUCCGGAAAUGUUCAUCACUUUGGUAGAUUUUUGCAGAUUUAUAGAUAGUGAAAUUAAUUGUAUUCUCUCUUUUUAAAAGAGAAAACAAAAUAUUUGUACCAAACUGCAGUGAUGUAUCACCCAGUUUACUGAUUUGUAAAUUUUACCUGCUUUUUGUUAAUGAAAUAAUCUUUUUGGAUUAAAUUAGGAAAAUAUUUUUAAGAGAAAUUGAAUGAAAUUUGAAUUAUGAAAUUAUAUUGAUUUUCCCCUAAAAUAUUAAAAAU